AUGGCGGACGCGAUGGUGGCGCUCCCACAUGGAGCAACGCCCUUUGAGGCCCACCUAUACACACUGCUGCAGUCAUACGAGCAGCAACCCUCCCUCGCCUUCAAGCCCGCAGAGGACGCGGGCAUGACCCCAGCCCAGAUCGCUAUCCAGCGCGCCAUCGUCACCCUCGCCCAGCGCGUCGCGUCCACCCCCGCCGGUACCACUCCCAUCGGAUCGCAGAUCCUCAUGCCUCCCGCGCCCGUCCACACCCCGCCACCCCAGCUCGACUCUGGCGUCUGCCCCAGCUGCCAGCGUCCCACCGGUGUCCACAUCCCCACGUCUCCAUUCGCUUCUCUCGAACUCUCGUCUCCUCGCGUCAACAACGGCACCCCCGGCUGGGCAGGCGCCACCCACGGCGAGCCUGGUCUCUCGGCUGAAAAGGAACUGGAAUUGCUCAAGGCUCAGGUUCAGGAUAUCGCGCGCGUGUGCAAGGCCGUCGCUACGGGCGACCUUACCCAAAAGAUCAUUGUGCCAGUCAGGGGACAGGCCAUGACGGAACUCAAGGACAUUAUCAACUCUAUGGUCGACCGCCUCAAGACAUUCGCAACUGAAGUCGAGCGUGUCUCGCUCGAGGUAGGCACAGAGGGCAAGCUCGGUGGUCAGGCUGUCGUCGAGGACGUCGAGGGCACAUGGCGUGAACUCACCAACGUCGUCAACCGUCUCGCUGCAAACCUUACCGACCAAGUCCGCAGCAUUGCAAAGGUUACAAAGGCUGUCGCCCGUGGCGACCUCUCGGAAACGAUUACCGUUGUCGCCAGUGGCGAAAUCGCUGAACUUGCUACCACGGUCAAUGGAAUGGUCAUGAGUCUACGAUUGCUAGCAGACGAAGUCAGUCGUGUAUCACUGGAAGUCGGAUCUCAAGGAAAACUAGGCGGUCAAGCAUACGUCCCAGACGUCGAAGGUGUAUGGAAAGAUCUAACCGUUAAUGUGCGAUCCAUCGGUAGCGUCACGACGGCUGUCGCCAGAGGUGACCUAUCCAAGACCAUUGAAAUCGAAGCCGAAGGCGAAAUGGCAGUUCUAAAGGACACUGUCAAUUCCAUGGUCAAACAACUCACCACAUUCGCUGGUGAAGUCACCCGUGUCGCGCUCGAGGUCGGAACGCAAGGUAUUCUCGGCGGUCAAGCCGUCGUCGACGGUGUCGAGGGUGUGUGGGCCGACCUCACCACCAACGUCAACAAGAUGGCCGGUAACCUUACGGAACAAGUGCGAGAGAUUGCCGAAGUCACAAAGGCCGUCGCUCGCGGCAACCUCAACAAGACUGUCAAUGCCGACGUCCAGGGCGAGAUACUCGACCUCAAGAUGACUGUCAACGACAUGGUGGCUCAACUUACGGUCUUUGCGGCAGAAGUGACACGUGUGUCGCUUGAAGUCGGUACAGAAGGCAAACUCGGUGGUCAAGCUUUGGUUCCCAACGUCGAAGGCACUUGGAAGGUUCUCACGGACAACGUCAACCUCAUGGCUCUCAACCUCACGACUCAGGUGCGCUCCGUCGCCGAAGUCACAACUGCUGUCGCUGCCGGUGACCUCUCCAAGAAGAUCACCGUCGAGGCCUUUGGCGAGAUUCUCCAGCUCAAGGACACUGUCAACGCCAUGGUGGAUUCGCUACGUUCAUUCUCGUCCGAGGUCACGCGUGUCGCUCGUGAAGUCGGUACAGACGGCAGGCUAGGCGGUCAAGCGCGCGUACCCGGAGUUGCAGGAACGUGGAAGGACCUUACCGAUUGUGUCAACGUCAUGGCUGCCAACCUAACUGUCCAAGUGCGAACCAUUGCCCACGCUACCACCGCUGUCGCGCGCGGCGACCUCACCCAAAAGGUCGUCGGUGUCACCGUCUCGGGAGAGAUACUGGACCUUGUCAACACUAUCAACAACAUGAUUGACCAGCUUGCCAUCUUCGCCGCUGAAGUCACGCGUGUCGCCCGCGAGGUCGGUACCGAGGGCAAGCUGGGUGUGCAGGCCGAAGUCGAGAACAUUGAGGGUACAUGGCAGGAGAUUACCUCCAACGUCAACACCAUGGCCUCCAACCUCACAUCCCAAGUGCGUGCGUUUGCCCAAAUUUCGGCCGCUGCAACGGACGGAGACUUUACGCGUUUCAUCACGGUCGAGGCGUCGGGUGAAAUGGACUCUCUCAAGACCAAGAUCAACCAGAUGGUGUACAACCUUCGCGAGUCUAUCGAAAAGAACACGAGCGCCAGACAGCAGGCCGAACUUGCCAACAGGUCAAAGUCCGAGUUCCUCGCCAACAUGUCGCACGAGAUCCGUACGCCCAUGAACGGUAUUAUCGGCAUGACAGUCCUCACCCUCGAGAGCGAGUUGACUCGCCAGCAGCGCGAAAACCUCAUGAUUGUGUCGUCGCUGGCGUCCUCGUUGCUCACCAUUAUCGACGACAUACUCGACAUUUCCAAGAUUGAAGCCGGUCGCAUGACCAUGGAACAGAUUCCCUUCUCGCUCCGCCUCGCCGUGUUUAGCGUUCUCAAGACCCUCUGUGUCAAGGCAUCCCAGAACAAGCUCGACCUCAUUUUCGACAUUGACCCCUUCAUUCCGGACCAGCUCAUUGGCGACCCCCUCCGUCUGCGCCAGGUCAUCACCAACCUCAUUGGCAACGCCGUCAAGUUUACCACCGAAGGCCAGGUCGCACUCUCGUGUCGCGUCAAGGCGUCCAAGGACGACGAGGUGGAGCUCGAGUUCUGUGUCGCCGACACGGGUAUUGGAAUCAAGCAGGACAAGCUCGAUGUCAUCUUUGACACGUUUGCCCAGGCCGACGGCUCCACCACCCGCAAGUAUGGUGGUACCGGUCUCGGAUUGACCAUUUCCAAGCGCCUGGUCAACCUCAUGAACGGAAACCUCUGGGUCGAGUCCGAGUUUGGCGAGGGCUCGAGGUUCUAUUUCACCAUGACCGCCGAGACCACUUCGACGUCGCGCGAGGGUGUUGUGGAGCGUCUCUCGCCGUGGGCCGGCCGCUCGGUGCUGUUCAUCGACACGCUUGGCGACGACACGGGAGUCUGCGAGAUGCUCACCGAUCUAAACCUCAAUGUGACAGUCAUCCACUCGGCCAACGCCGUGUGGGACCUCAAGCAGCACGAAGGCUUCCCGCACUUUGACACCAUGAUGGUCGACUCGCUCGCUGCGGCCGAAAAGAUACGUACCAUCGAGCACCUGCGUUACAUCCCCAUUGUCUUGCUAGCGCCCUCGACGCGUGCCCCAGGCCCCGACAACCCUUCGUUCAUCGACCUCAACGAGUUCCGCCGCAAGCUGCUCGGUCUCCCGAGCCAUGCCGAGCAGGUCCUCUCGCCCGUCCCCGUCAAGGACUGCCUCGACAUGGGGAUCAACACAUACUACACGACGCCUCUCAACCUGCAAGAGCUGUCCAACGCCAUUGUGCCCGCACUCGAGUCGCACCAGGUGCAGCCCGGAGACUCGGUCAAGGACACGGUGCUCAACAUCCUGCUCGCCGAGGACAAUGUCGUCAACCAAAAGCUGGCCGUCAAGCUCCUCGAGGUCGCCGGCCACAAGAUCGAGGUCGCGGACAAUGGCGAGAUUGCCAUUGACAAGUACAAGCGGCGACAGCUCGAGCGCAAGCCGUUCGACGUCAUUCUCAUGGACGUGUCCAUGCCCGUCAUGGGCGGUAUGGAGGCGACGGGUCUGAUCCGCGAGCACGAGGCCGUCUCGGGCAUCCCGCCCACACCCAUCAUUGCACUGACUGCGCACGCCAUGAUCGGCGACAAGGAACGCUGUCUCGCAGCCGGCAUGACGGCGUAUGUCACCAAACCCCUGCGUCGCGGCGACCUCCUUGCGGCCAUUGCAAAGGUCCUCACGACCAAGCCCAACCCGCCCGGACACAACUUCAUGUCCGACUCGCAGAUGGAUGACACGGACCGCACACUCAUCCUCGCGAGCCGGUAA